AUGUCUCCCCGCACUGCCGACUAUAAGAAGUCGCCUCCCGAGCCCACGCCGGAGCCUUCCCCGCCCGCCCGCUCGCUCCUCUCCGACCGCCGCGUGCAAUUGACCGCUCUGCUGACGCUGUGCAUCGCCGUCGUCAUGGCUGCUGGUUUUGUUGAUGUCGACCUGCUCGCGCUGGCCACCAAUGCCAACUACUUCUCCACCCUGCCCGCCACUAGCGCAGCCGAGCCCGCCAUCUCCCUGCUCAACUUCGACCCGGCCUUCCAGACCGACGUCCUCGGCCGCAAUGCCACCGCCCGCAAGAUUGCCGACCUGGAAUGGCAGGCCUUCCACGAGGCCGGCAUCUACUACGAGCCCGACAACUCCCUGUACAUCACCUCCAACUACGUCUCGCUGCAGGACAACAUCAACAUCACCGUGCUGAGCCUGGACGACUACUCCAUCACCUCGACCCAGUUCCCCGACCUGUGGGAAGCCAACGGCGGCUCGUCCUACUAUCCCCCCGGCUCCGACACCGCCAAGCGGCCUCCCCAGCACGUCUACUGCGACGAGGGUGAUUUCGAGCAUCCUUCGGCUUUGAUCGCCGUCGAUCCCGGCACAAACACGUCCACCACUCUCCUCACCUCCUUCCUCGGCCGCAACUUUUCCUCGGUCAACGACGUCCGCCAGCACGCCGAAACCGGCGACCUCUGGUUCACCGAUGCCGACUACGGCUACUUCCAAGACUUCCGCCCCGCCCCCGUCAUCCCCAAGCAGGUCUACCGCUUCGAGCCCAGCACCGGCGUCAUCCAAGUCGUCGCCGACGGCUUCGUCCAGAGCAACGGCCUCGAGUUUUCGCCUGACCACAAGACCCUGUACGUCAGCGACACGGGCGCCCAGCAGUUCACCAAGAACGACACGGGCCCCGGCACCAUCUACGCGUUUGACGUCAUCGCCGGCAAGCGUCUCGCCAACAGGCGCACUUUUGCCUUUUGUGACAACGGCUUCCCCGACGGCGUGCAUGCUGACACUGAUGGCAACGUGUGGGCUGGCUGCGGCGAUGGCGUGCAUGUAUUCAACCCCGACGGUGUGUUGCUUGGUAAGAUUUAUGUCGGCGAGACGAGCAACAACUUUGCUUUCAUUCCGGGGGGUGUGCUGGUUUUUAGCAACUAUCGCCUUUGGCUGGUGGAGAACAUCAAGGCGCAGGGGAGAGAGGUUUGCAAGGAUUUUGGCGUGGGUUGUGCAUGA